CCUAAUGGAACUCUCCCGCUACAAGAGAGGAUCCAAAUUACGGAAACCGAGGGGAGGGAUUUAUGGACGGUGCAUUGACUCUUCUGUUGGAGCUGACAUGCGCAGGUGGCUAUCAUUCCAGCGAGUCGGCUGAAAUCUGCGGGAGGAAAGGUAUGAUCCAUGUUUGUGCGGCUAGUGGAGAAAAAAAGCUUUCAACUUGGCUGAAGCUUGGGAAUAAUUCCAAACAAAUUAGUAGGUAGAUCUGACGGUCAUAAUUGAUUUAGACGCAAAAAAAAUAGGUACAUCCAACGGCUGAAAAUUAGAUUUCUAUAUAAACACUACUCUUACCUUAAUUUCAAUACACCUCAAUUAUCAUUCUCCCUCUACUUUAUAUUUUAUUUUUAGCAAUUUUGAAUACUACUUAAUAACAUGUCUACACACAAGAGAGGUGUUGAUUGGCGUUACAAUGAAGACAUAUUCUUGUGUAACUCUUGGGUGUCUAUUUAUGAAGAUGGUGCAGUCGGAAAUAUCAAUCAAACUGGCGAUUCUUUCUGGUUUCGAGUUCACAUGUUCUUUUGUCAAAAAGCAAAUGCGAUAGUUCGGACUGAGGAGGCCGUUGAAUCAGGUUUCAAGUUACCAAUCAUCAGUGUUCUCUAUGGAAGGGGAGUUUGCGAAAAGCAAAUGCAACCACUAGAAGUGGAUCCAAUUCAAUGGAUGUGGGUGGAUGGAUAGUGUUUGGCUUUUAGGCUAAGGGUCACAUAUAACAGGUGUUGGGAUAUUGAUCCAGAGGCCCAAUACCCGGAUCAAGAAGGCCCAAGAUACCCGGCCCAAGCAACGGGCCCAUCACUCUAUGAUGAGUAGAUCCAGUGAAGAAUUCAUGCCGAACGAGAUUCGGCCCAAAUAAGGGUUGGCCCAGUAAGAAGACAUACCGAACGGAGUUCGGGCUAUAUAUCAUACUUGGGCCAAUUUGACAGCGUCUUCAGCAUAGUCCAAACAUCCCGUUCGAGCAACGGACAACCGGCAAGUGGCCAGGUGCAAUUAAUGCCAGAUUGUGACAUCAGCAAGUGGAAACAUGGGUGACCAAGUCGGUGGAACAACAGCCAAUCAGCAUAGGGCAGCCCAUGCUCUCCAUUAGUAUAAAUAGAAGGUUAAAAAUCAUUGUAAGAGUUAGCAUUUCAAUACUCAGGCUCUAGAAUAGCAUCAUUGCUCUUAUUUCUUGUAUUAAAGCAGUGUUUCCGACCUACUGAUCGGGAAUUUCCUUGUAAUCAGACUGGUUAAUUAAUACAAGUGAGCUUUCGAGUA